CUCAUUAUACUCAAACAGCCUAUUCUCUUAGAAAUAAUUUAGACAAAAAGUAAAAUACAGUAGGCGGGGCUGAGAGGGGCAACCAAACUUUCCACGCUUGCACCCCAUCCUCGUUUUCAUGAACCAGCAUGCAAGUACGUUUUGCGCAUGCGUCUGGCAUGAAUAAGGCUGGAGGAUGCGGCCGACUGCCGUACGUAGACUGUACCAUUGUGUGGCGGUUGGGGGGGGGCAGCUCUGCAUUUUCUCUGUUUAAUUCUGAAGCUUCUCGUUUAUCGACUCGUAGCUUCCACCGACAAAAAGCCUUAUUAUCGUACUGUAAAGCUGAGGCGAAGCUGUUACUCAAGAGGAGGUAUAUGAAGCAGACACACUUCUCUCUGUCGCGUUACCCCCACCAUUCGCUCUCUCGGGUGGCUUCAGUCGCCGCUGGAGGAGGCGGGACUGGGUCCUCCUUGCACUGCUCCGGCGUCCCUUCUGUUGCCACAAGUUCCUGCGGUUCUCUACGUUCUCCUUUUCUUAUCCGCAUCCUAGCUUAGCCGAGCUCGGCUACGCGGCUUCCCUCAGACGGCUUCAUGGCGUACAGUCAGGGAGGCGGCAAGAAGAAAGUCUGUUACUACUAUGAUGGUGAUAUAGGGAAUUAUUAUUAUGGGCAAGGACACCCAAUGAAGCCUCACAGGAUUCGCAUGACUCAUAACUUAUUGCUAAAUUAUGGUUUAUACAGGAAAAUGGAAAUUUAUCGGCCCCACAAAGCUACAGCAGAAGAAAUGACCAAAUACCACAGUGAUGAAUAUAUUAAAUUUCUUCGCUCAAUAAGACCUGACAACAUGUCUGAAUAUAGCAAACAGAUGCAAAGAUUUAAUGUCGGGGAAGACUGUCCUGUUUUUGAUGGAUUGUUUGAAUUCUGCCAGCUGUCCACAGGAGGCUCUGUGGCUGGAGCAGUAAAACUGAACCGGCAGCAGACAGACAUGGCUGUUAACUGGGCUGGAGGACUUCAUCAUGCUAAGAAAUCAGAGGCAUCUGGUUUCUGUUAUGUCAAUGAUAUUGUGCUUGCCAUUCUUGAAUUACUGAAAUACCACCAAAGAGUACUGUACAUUGAUAUUGAUAUCCAUCAUGGUGAUGGAGUUGAAGAAGCAUUUUAUACAACAGAUCGCGUUAUGACAGUAUCAUUCCAUAAAUAUGGUGAAUAUUUCCCUGGUACAGGAGAUUUGAGGGACAUUGGUGCUGGAAAAGGCAAAUACUAUGCUGUCAACUUUCCAAUGAGAGAUGGAAUAGAUGAUGAGUCAUAUGGACAGAUAUUUAAACCUAUUAUAUCCAAAGUGAUGGAGAUGUACCAGCCUAGUGCUGUGGUAUUACAGUGUGGGGCAGACUCAUUGUCUGGUGACAGGCUGGGAUGUUUUAAUCUUACAGUUAAAGGCCAUGCUAAAUGUGUGGAAGUUGUGAAGACUUUCAACUUGCCUCUUCUGAUGCUUGGAGGUGGUGGAUAUACCAUCCGUAAUGUUGCUCGAUGUUGGACUUAUGAGACUGCUGUUGCCUUAGAUUGUGAAAUUCCUAAUGAAUUGCCAUACAAUGACUACUUUGAGUAUUUUGGACCAGAUUUCAAGCUGCAUAUAAGUCCAUCAAAUAUGACAAACCAGAACACUCCAGAAUAUAUGGAAAAAAUUAAGCAACGUUUAUUUGAGAACUUGCGCAUGUUGCCCCAUGCUCCUGGUGUACAGAUGCAGGCUAUUCCUGAAGAUGCUGUUCAUGAAGACAGUGGUGAUGAAGAUGGUGAAGAUCCAGAUAAACGUAUUUCUAUUCGAGCAUCUGAUAAACGGAUAGCCUGUGAUGAGGAAUUUUCUGACUCUGAAGAUGAAGGGGAAGGAGGGCGAAGAAAUGUUGCUGAUCAUAAAAAAGGAGCAAAGAAAGCCCGAUUAGAAGAAGAUAAAAAAGAGACAGAUGACAAAAAAGCAGAUAUUAAAGAGGAAGAUAAAUCCAAGGACAGCAGUGGUGAAAAGGCAGACACCAAAGGAGCAAAGUCAGAACAGCUCAGCAAUCCUUGAAUGUAAAGCCUCACUUGAGUUAAAGGACACAAUACUAAAGUGAAAAAAAAUGCUGAAAGAAACUUUUCAUAUGGGAAGAGACUAUUGAUUUCAUUUUUUACUAUUUGGCAUGGAGCAUAUUUAUUUUCAAACAACUGUGUUUGGUUUUUUUGGCAGUUGUAUUGUGGAUUUUCUAAUUAUGAUGCAAAAUUUGUUCCUUCCACCAGGCUUUAAGUAAUAAAUAGUAUUUAAAAUGGAUGUGAGUUAUUAUGUUAAGCAUCUAAUCUGAUCUAUUAAAAUUUCCUGAGCUGAUUUUACUCUUUUUUGUAAUUAUAUCUUUAUUAAAAAAAUUGUACUUGGU